GACGCCGGGGAGGCUAGCAGCCGGCGCGGUCUUCCCAGCUGGCUCGCGCAGACCUGGCCCUGGCGGCGGCCCCCACCUCCCCGCCUUCGGACCCGGGUGGCCGUGGCCCGCGCCCAGCGGCAUGAGCCGGUGACCGAGCGCGAGGCCGAGCGGAAGGCAGCCGUGGCUGAGGAGUGUGAGGAAGAGGCUGUCUGUGUCAUUAUGUGUGCGUCGGUCAAGUACAAUAUCCGGGGUCCUGCCCUCAUCCCAAGAAUGAAGACCAAGCACCGAAUCUACUACAUCACCCUCUUCUCCAUUGUCCUCCUGGGCCUCAUUGCCACGGGCAUGUUUCAGUUCUGGCCCCACUCCAUCGAGUCCUCAAAUGACUGGAGCGUGGAGAAGCGUAGUGUGCGUGACGUGCCAGUGGUCAGGCUGCCAGCCGAGAGUCCCAUCCCUGAGCGAGGGGACCUCAGUUGCAGAAUGCAUACAUGUUUUGAUGUCUACCGCUGUGGCUUCAACCCAAAGAACAAAAUCAAGGUGUAUAUCUACUCUCUGAAGAAGUAUGUGGACGACCUUGGUGUCCCGGUCAGCAACACCAUCUCCCGGGAGUAUAAUGAACUGCUCACGGCCAUCUCAGACAGCGAUUACUACACCGACGACAUCAGCCGGGCCUGCCUGUUUGUGCCCUCUAUUGACGUGCUCAACCAGAACACACUCCGCAUCAAGGAGACCGCGCAGGCACUGGCCCAGCUCUCCAGGUGGGAUCGAGGUACAAAUCACCUGUUGUUCAACAUGCUGCCUGGAGGUCCCCCAGAUUAUAACACGGCCCUGGAUGUCCCCAGAGACAGGGCGUUGUUGGCUGGCGGUGGCUUUUCUACGUGGACUUACCGGCAAGGCUAUGACGUCAGCAUUCCUGUCUAUAGUCCCUUGUCAGCUGAGGUGGAGCUUCCAGAACAAGGACCAGGUCCUCGGCGAUACUUCCUCCUGUCCUCUCAGAUGGCUGUCCAUCCCGAGUACAGAGAGGACCUAGAUGCUCUGCAGGCCAAACAUGGAGGGUCGGUGUUGGUGCUGGAUAAGUGCAGCAACCUCUCAGAGGGCGCCCUUUCUGUCCGAAAGCGCUGCCACAAGCACCAGGUCUUCGAUUACCCGCAGGUGCUGCAGGAGGCUACUUUCUGUGUGGUCCUUCGUGGUGCUCGGCUGGGCCAGGCUGUGUUGAGUGACGUGCUGCAGGCUGGCUGUGUCCCCGUAAUCAUUGCCGACUCCUAUGUUCUGCCUUUCUCUGAAGUUCUGGACUGGAAGAGAGCGUCUGUGGUGGUUCCCGAAGAAAAGAUGUCAGCCGUGUACAGCAUUCUGCAGAGCAUCCCACAAAGACAGAUUGAGGAAAUGCAGAGACAGGCACGGUGGUUCUGGGAAGCAUACUUCCAGUCGAUUAAGGCCAUUGCCCUGGCUACUCUCCAGAUUAUCAAUGACCGGAUCUACCCAUAUGCGGCUAUCUCCUAUGAAGAGUGGAAUGACCCUCCCGCUGUGAAGUGGGGCAGUGUGAGCAACCCGCUCUUCCUCCCGCUGAUCCCACCGCAGUCGCAGGGGUUCACCGCCAUUGUCCUCACCUACGACCGGGUCGAGAGCCUCUUCCGCGUCAUCACCGAGGUAUCCAAGGUGCCCAGUCUGUCCAAGCUGCUGGUCGUCUGGAACAAUCAGAAUAAAAACCCUCCAGAAGAUUCUCUCUGGCCAAAAAUCCGGGUUCCAUUAAAAGUCGUGAGGACCGCCGAGAACAAGCUGAGUAACCGCUUCUUCCCUUACGAUGAGAUCGAGACCGAGGCUGUGCUGGCCAUCGACGACGACAUCAUCAUGCUGACCUCUGACGAGCUGCAGUUUGGUUAUGAGGUCUGGCGGGAAUUUCCUGACCGGCUGGUGGGCUACCCGGGUCGUCUGCAUCUCUGGGACCAUGAGAUGAAUAAAUGGAAGUACGAGUCGGAGUGGACGAACGAGGUCUCCAUGGUGCUCACUGGGGCAGCUUUUUAUCACAAGUAUUUUAAUUACCUGUAUACCUACAAAAUGCCUGGGGACAUCAAGAACUGGGUUGAUGCGCACAUGAACUGUGAAGAUAUAGCCAUGAACUUCCUGGUGGCGAAUGUCACGGGGAAGGCUGUCAUCAAGGUGACCCCACGAAAGAAAUUCAAGUGUCCUGAGUGCACGGCCAUUGACGGGCUUUCUCUAGACCAGACACACAUGGUGGAGAGGUCCGAGUGCAUCAACAAGUUUGCUUCUGUCUUUGGAACGAUGCCCCUCAAGGUGGUGGAGCACCGGGCUGACCCCGUGCUAUACAAGGACGACUUUCCUGAGAAGCUGAAGAGCUUCCCCAACAUCGGCAGCCUGUGAGGUGUGCCGCUGGGGCCGGGCAGAGCUACUCCCAGCCGUACUGUGGGGCAGAGGGGUGGGGUGACAGACUGGGCUCCGCGCACCCACUCCCACCUUCUCAAGAUCAGAAGCCAGAGGCUCCCGAGCCCGGAGCCCUGCAGCCACACCUGGGUCCUCCUGGUCUCCAGGGUUCUCUUCACAACAAGUGGGAAGGAGCCUUGGUGGCACAUGGACUUGGCUCCAGCACAUUCAGUUCCAGGUGUGCAGUCUGCCGACGGGCCAUGGAACUACACAGUGGAGGAGCCGGCCAGCCCUGAGACCGUGUCAGAGGUGCCCCUCACUUCAGUCGUUGCACACCAGAGAGUCGUGGAGGAACAGCCAAGCCCUGGAUUUGGGGCCAACCCAGACUUCUUCAUGGGUUUGGUCUGGGCCUGGGCCCUGGGGCUCCAGGCGCAGGCAGAGGAAGAACGCUGACUGGGGUCCUGUCAGUUCCAUGAACUACUCUUUGGUGCAGCUUUUAUAUGAUUAAAAUUAUUUUUUACUCCUUUU